AUGGCUCAGAAUUGCUCUCGGAAUGGAAGGGAGAUUAGUGCUGCAACAGCAAGUGGCACCAAGCUGAAAGGGGACCACGUUGAAUCAGAAGACAACAUUGAUUCGGACGAUGGACUUGACGAGUUAGAUGAGGAUGGUGCCAAAUCAGAUGAUGACUGCACCAAGUCCGAGAAUGACGACUCGGACGACAAUUCCGAGGGUGUGGGUGGCCGCUGGAACCGGAGAACAUCUCAACAGACACGAAAGAAUGGGACGAAAAGGCUUCGCUUCCUUGUGACCCCUAACGAUAACUACACUGGCGAUCCUGUUACCGAUGAAGACAUUAACCGGAACUCUACGCGUCAUCCUCGUGCCCGUUAUUACGACAAUCAUACAAGUGAAGAUGAGACUGAAGAUGCCUCGAUGUCCAUUGCUCAAGCUAAAGCUCGUGCCCUUCCGAAGAAAACCGCACCUUUGGACGAGGAGAAUGAGGUGGAGACCAGUAGAAAACACCCUCGGGGGCUGCAUGACCAAUCGAAUAGUAAUCGGACUGGCACCAAACCAGGCAUUCCUCACAGCCGUCACCCAGAGGACAGAGCUAGACGCACGAGCCUGAGAAACUCGGGUCAGAAAGGAGCCAAUGUCGAACAGCGCAGAAGUAGACACACGAGCCUGAGGGGCGAGGGUCAGAAUGCUAGCGACGAUCAGGGAAAAAGUAGACGUGCGAGCCUGAGGAGCUCGGCUCAGAAAGGAAAUCAUAUCCGUCACUUCCUUUCCCAUCUCAAACUUUUUGGUAAAUGUAAUAUAAUCACCAUGCUUGCCGAGUUCUCAAUCAGACAGCAUAGCGUUUCCAAAGAUAUGCGAUUAAGUCUCAAAGUGGAGCAGGAUUGGUCCCACCACUAA